AUGGUGCCCAAUGAAGCCACGUGCAAUGGCUGUGAGGACACCAUACUUGCUGUCGACACAUUUCCAGAAGCAGGCCGGGUCUUGCGGAUUGAUGACGCUGCUCAUGUCACAUACACCAGGACUUCUCGUGACUGCCAGGCCGAGGAUAAUCCUUACUACCCCUUUCUCAGUGAAUGUGACUACGAGAUAGCUCGGUGGGCCAUACAGCAAGGGCCAAGUCAAAAUGCCUUCUCGAAUUUUUUGUCCAUUGAUCAGGUGAAACGUAAACUCGACCUUUCUUACAAGAAUGCCCGCGCGCUCCACCAAAAAAUCGAUCACGAACUCCCUGGUGUUACUCCGUGGCGCCGCAGUGUCAUUCAGAUAUCAGGCAUCAAUGAAGAGUUUGAAUUGUUCAUGUGCGAUCCUGUUGAAUGCAUCAAAGAACUGUGGGCUAAUCCUGCCUAUCUCGACCACCUCACCUAUGCACCGGAACACCGCUUCACAGAUGAAGGGAAAGUCGAGCGCAUUUACGACGAACUGAUGAGUGGCGAUUGGUCUUGGGAGGCACAGGUCCGUGGUUUUAAAUGUUUCUUUGGCAAUGUAUUGAAUGUCCUUCAGACACUCCUUCCAGAUGGCGCUACUCUUGUUCCUGUCAUACUCAGCUCAGAUAAGACCCAGCUCUGCCAAUUUCGAGGUGAUAAAACCGCAUACCCCGUUUAUCUUACUAUUGGCAAUAUCUCGAAGUCUAUCCGCCACAAGCCAUCCUUUCACACCCAGAAACUCAUUGGAUACCUUCCGACCGUUUCAUUAGAUGGGACGGAUAUCUCGGUGGAUAGCGCCCGCCUUACUCGUGCGCAGCUCUUUCAUUAUGCCAUGCGGAUGGUUACCAGCUCGCUGCGUGCUGGACCUCUGGCCAAUGGGAUAGAGCUUAUAAGUGGAGAUGGGGCAGUGCGCCUCGGGUUUCCUGUGCUCGCUGCCUAUGUCGCAGACUAUCCAGAGCAAGCAUUGGUGACGUGCACGCGCUACGCCCAGACGUGUCCCAAGUGCUUUGUUACCAAGGAUGAGCUAGGUAAUCAUGUCACCGGAGACCCGCGAUAUCAGAAAAAAUCAAUUCGCACCAUUCGCCACGCUAGUCAGCAAUCAACAAGGGUUCGAGCUGAUGCAGCUGUGAGAGACCAUGGCCUAAAUCUAAUUCUCGACCCUUUCUGGAUUGAGCUGUUGCACUGCAAUAUUCAUGACGCCAUUACUCCAGACAUUCUUCAUCAAAUAUACCAAGGCCUUGUCAGGCACCUUUGUGGAUGGAUCUCGACCCUUAUCGGCGAUGCAGAGUUGGAUGCUCGCUUUAAGCGCAUGCCUCGUGCGCACGGCGUCCGUCUGUUCUCGCAUGGUAUAUCCGGCCUCACCCAAGUUUCUGGUCCUGAACAUCGCGAAAUAUGCAAGCAACUCCUAGGAUGCAUUGUUGAUGCACCAGGUGCACCCGCUGGAGUGAUUUGUGCCACUCGUAGCCUCCUAGAUUUCCUUGAAAUCGCUCAGUACCAAAGCCAUACUGAGGCAACACUUGGGUAUCUCGCAAGUGCAUUGGAUGAAUUCCACGCCAACAAAGAUGUUUUCAUCAAUCUUGGUGCACGCAACAGUGAAGACUUUAACUUCGCCAAGCUGCAUUCGCUCGAACAUUAUGCCAACUCCAUCCGUCGUUUUGGCACGACCGACAACUACAACACUGAGGCUACUGAGCGCCUCCAUAUCGACUACGCGAAGGAUGCGUACAGGGCUACCAAUAAGAAGGAGUUUUUGCAACAGAUGACGAGAUGGCUAGAGCGACACGAAUCAAUGGCUGCCUUUGAUUUGGUCCUUCAAUGGAGGCGCGGAGAGAUUCCGAAGCCCCGCACUCGUUGGCGAAGGCCUCUGUCACCUGGUGUAUACCUUGCGAAGAAUCCUUCCGCGUGUGCCGUUCCGUUUCACGUACUAGAAAAUCAAUUCGGGGCCACGCAUUUCAAGGAUGCCCUCGGGGAGUUCAUCGUCAACCAGCUUCAGUCUACUUCCCAACACUUGGAAGCAGUUGACGUGUGGUAUCGUAUCAAGUUUGCGGUUCCGAAUUUGCAAGUUGAUACCGAAUUUGCCACUUUGUGCACUGCACAUGCAGAGCCAAAAAGACUGAAGACUGGUGGCAUAGGAGAAUUAGGCGCACGAUUCGACACAGUUCUUAUCAACGAGUUGGGGUGCGAGAGCGAGGAUACUGGCAUCGAUGUAGCACGACUCAAAGUUAUUUUCCGCAUUCCAGAUGAAUAUGUCACGAAGAUGUCUCUCCCAAGGCAGAUCGGACAUCUUGCCUAUGUCGAAUGGUUUUCACGAUCUCGGAACAAGGAUUCGAACUCUGGGAUGUACCCUAUUUCCCGAAGUUAUCGAAAUGGCGUGCUAGAUGCCUCAGUGAUUGAGGUGGAUUCUAUGUUUCGAACAUGCCAGUUAGCGCCAAGGUUCGGCCGAAGGGCGAAUCGUGCAUGGACAUCGAACAAUGUUCUUGAUCGCUGCGAGCACUUCUUGAUCAAUAACUUCAUCGACCAUCAUACCUAUCAAUCUAUCUGGUGA